UAUAUUAAGUUGGAAAUCAGUCUAGGCGCAGGGGGUUGAAUGUCGUCCCACGUCCCCAGAGGGAAAUUGGCUGAUGCACGGGGGUUUAAUGGUAUCUGUUAUCUGAAUGCAGGGCCAAACUUACUACUGGGUGUGUUUGGAGCUGACGGAAGAAAGGUCUGACCAGGGACUUAGAUCUACUGGCUUCCUUGCUAGGAAAGGUUACUGCAGCCCACCUACCUGAUCAAUGUUUUUCAGCAAAUUAAUAAAACUUGUUUCUUCCUAAAGCUGAUCAAAAAUACAUUCUUUCAAAAAGCAAUCUCACCUUACAGGCACCAGGAAGUACUAACUCUGUGCUUGCCUUGGUAAGUCAUUCCACUGUGAAAGCAUCUUUGUUGUUAGGAAAUCAUGUUCUGCUUCAAAGCUGAAUUUAUGAAACUUUAGCCUAUAGCCAGUGGAUUUCGGCUGUGCUUUUGCUGACAAGUUUGCUGGUCCCAUUUUCAAACAUCUUGCCUUGUUAACUAGCACACAUCUUGUUUUUUGUUAACUGGUCAGGAUUCCUCUCAGCUUUCUGUUAAAGUGAGUUCUGUAACCUUUGCACUGUGGCAUUGGAGAUCUCCGGAUUUCUCCAGUAGCUCUUUCUGAUUUCUCCCUUGUGUUUUCCUAUCUUGUCAAAAGGGAAGAGGAUGAAUAUCAGAGCUGGAUAUGGUUUUCUCGCUCUAUUCUUACGAGUUGAAUUCAAAACCAAAACCGCUUCCUGCUUUAGGCCUGACUCGUCCGUUUUUCUGCAUCCCAGAGUCACCUUGACCAUUUUGCCAUGCCAUACCACACCACUCCUCUGAAAACUUAUGUUGGGCUGAUUACAACAGGCAGUAAAUAUCAGUGUUUUCUAAGCUAGAGCUUCGUCCUGUACCUAGAGCUUGUGUUUUUCAAAUUUCAGAUAUAUGGUGUUGCAUCUAGCAGUAUUCUCUUGGAGUUCAGCUCUAUAUCCACAUGAUCCAGAUCACGCUUUGGCAAGGAAAACAGUGGUUACUGGCUGUUUUAUUUGUCUUGGUACCAGGAGUAUUCCGUAUAGUUGUCUUUAAGAGAAUGCCAACAGACAACAACCACCGGCCAGUCAAUAUCCAAGAACAAGACCUUGUUAUCACUGCAAGCAAUAAUUGCCUGCAUAAUGCUGAAGAUUUGGGAGUUGAACAAGAAAAUGACUUUUGUAGCGAUGACUGGGAUAAUAGUCUCGGAGCUCCCAACUCUGCUAAUCAGCCAUCCACUUCUAUGGCUGCUCCUUUGGAGGUACCCAGAAGAGGACAACCCCUCUUACAUAUCAACAGGCAGCAGAUUCAAUCUAUUUCAUAUAGUGCUCAGGCUGCUGAGCUAAAAGGUUUAGGAGUUGAUGUCUAUGAUCAGGAUGUAUUGGAGCAAGGAGUCCUUCGGCAAGUAGAUAAUGCUAUUAACGAAGCUAACAAAGCAACAAAAAUAGCUGAUGCAGAGAAAGAAUAUCAGUCAGUGCUGGAUGACUUGAGAUCAUGUACGAUAUCUCUGAAACAAAUAAAUAAAAUUAUCGAGCAACUUUCACCUCAAGCUGCCACCAACAAAGAUGUAAAUCGAAAACUAGAUUCUGUAAAACGGCAAAAAUAUAACAAGGAGCAACAGUUAAAGAAGAUCAAAGCAAAGCAAAAGCGACUCCAAGCAAUUCUUGGUGGAACAGGGAUUCCUGAUGAAAUUAAUGAUGUUGAAAUCGAGGAUGGUGAAGAACCUGGGCCAUCAUCAGGUCCACUGCAUCUUGGCAGUAUGCUUAUGCCAGUUCAGGAAACAGAGUGGGAAGAGCUCAUUCGUACUGGCCAGAUGACUCCUUUUGGAACUAAAAUACCUCAGAAGCCAAAGAGGAAGCCUCGGCAGUUAAUGCUAAAUGAAACAUCUGAUUUUGAGAAGUAUUUAGCAGAUCAGGCUAAGCUGUCAUCUGAAAGGAAGAAAUUAUCACUUCUGAAAGGAGCAAAGAGGAAGACACAAGCCAAAAAUGUUCAGCAUACAACUGCCAUAUCCAUCACAAAGGAAGAAAGGAGUAAAGCCAGAACUCUAUCAAAAACAAAUAAGCGCUUAAAAAACCGCAUGAACAAACUUCAGAAGCAUGCCCUUCAGAUUCAGUCUAAGGCAGGGAUUCCAAAAGAAAAGAAAUACCUUGAGGCCAAGCAGAAGCUGAGGCGUGAACACAAUGAUGACAGCGGAGAGUCUGAGUAUGUACCUGAUGAGGAGCUCUUUGAUCCAGAAGCAGCGGAAGAGGAGAAACAGCAGGCAUCUUCUCAUGCUGAGAAUGAUUUUGAUUCUGAACUUAGGACUUUGUCAGGAAAAGGAAAAUAUUUGGUGAAGAGAGAUUUUAAAGAAGCUGAAGAUGAUGCUGACUACUUUCCAAGCUCUGAGGAGGAAGAAGAGCAUACAGUAGGGAAGCGCAAAAUAAAGAGAUGGAGAGAUGAUGGAGAUGAAGACUAUUAUAAACAGAGACUAAGGAGGUGGCAAAAAGAAGGUCUGAAGGACAAAGAACAUCACAUGGCUGAGGAACUUUCUGAUGAAAGUGAUACUGAAUUUGAAGAGGGUUUCAAAGUACCGGGAUUUCUCUUCAAAAAGCUUUUUAAGUACCAGCAGACAGGUGUUAGGUGGCUCUGGGAAUUGCACUGCCAGCAGGCAGGAGGAAUUCUGGGAGAUGAGAUGGGAUUGGGCAAGACCAUCCAGAUAAUUGCCUUCUUGGCAGGUCUGAGCUACAGCAAGAUCAGGACUCGUGGUUCAAAUUACAGGUACCAGGGGUUGGGUCCAACAGUGAUUGUAUGUCCAGCUACUGUGAUGCAUCAGUGGGUAAAAGAAUUUCAUACUUGGUGGCCUCCAUUUAGAGUCGCCAUUCUCCAUGAAACUGGUUCUUACACCAACAAAAAGGCAAAACUAAUUCGUGAAAUUGCUUCAUGCCAUGGAAUUUUAGUUACGUCCUAUUCGUACAUUCGACUGAUGCAGGAUAACAUCCACAGCUACGACUGGCAUUAUGUGAUUUUGGAUGAGGGUCACAAAAUCCGAAAUCCGAAUGCUGCAGUCACACUUGCAUGCAAGCAGUUCCGCACGCCCCAUCGCAUCAUCUUAUCUGGCUCCCCAAUGCAAAAUAACCUAAAGGAGCUCUGGUCCCUCUUUGACUUUGUAUUCCCAGGGAAACUGGGAACCCUGCCUGUGUUCAUGGAGCAAUUUUCUGUUCCAAUAACCAUGGGAGGAUAUUCCAAUGCCUCUCCUGUACAGGUAAAAACUGCGUACAAAUGCGCAUGUGUGUUACGAGACACCAUAAACCCCUAUUUGCUGCGAAGAAUGAAAGCUGAUGUAAAAAUGACCCUUUCGCUUCCUGAUAAAAAUGAACAGGUCCUGUUUUGUCGUUUGACAGAUGAGCAGCGUCAAGUCUAUCAAAAUUUCAUCGACUCCAAAGAAGUUUACCAGAUUCUCAAUGGAGACAUGCAGAUUUUCUCGGGACUGGUAGCCCUGAGAAAGAUUUGCAACCACCCUGAUCUCUUCUCUGGUGGUCCUAGGACUUUGAAGGGUGUACCAGAUGCUGGAGUGGAGGAAGCAGAUCAGUUUGGAUAUUGGAAACGUUCUGGAAAAAUGAUAGUGGUAGAGUCCUUGCUGAAAAUAUGGCAUAAGCAAGGGCAUAGAGUGUUGUUAUUUACUCAGUCGAGACAGAUGCUGCAGAUCCUUGAAGUCUUUGUGAGAGAGAGAAACUAUUCCUACCUCAGGAUGGAUGGCACCACAACAAUAGCUUCCAGACAGCCCCUUAUAACAAGAUAUAAUGAGGACAAAUCCAUAUUUAUCUUUCUUCUGACAACUCGUGUUGGUGGCAUUGGAAUUAACUUGACAGGUGCUGACCGUGUUAUUAUUUAUGAUCCUGACUGGAAUCCCAGUACAGACACACAGGCUCGGGAGCGUGCUUGGAGAAUAGGCCAGAAGAAACAGGUGACUGUGUACAGGCUUCUCACUGCAGGUACUAUUGAAGAGAAGAUAUACCACAGACAAAUCUUCAAACAGUUUUUAACGAACAGAGUGCUGAAAGACCCUAAGCAAAGGCGGUUUUUCAAAUCCAAUGAUCUCUAUGAGCUUUUUACUCUGAGCAGCCCGGAUGUGUCUCAGGGGACAGAAACCAGUGCAAUUUUUGCAGGUACUGGUUCAGAUGUUCAAGUCUCAAAACACCAGUUGAAACGGAAAUUUGAAAAGCCACCUGAUAAUGACACUUCCAAAGGUGGUCUCCAUCUUACAGAAAGCAGCUUACAAAAGUACAGCAAGUCAUCCAAUUCAGCCAGCUGCGUGGCAAAUUCUUCUUCUAAUGCAAUAGAGUCAAGUGAAGAAAUGAAAGGAGAUUUGGAAACCUUUGACCAAAAUAGCUGUGCAAAAGAUAAUGCACAAGCUAUUACUGAUAUAAAUUCAUGGAAUAAAAGCAAGGAGACGACCUUGGAAAGAGCUGAGAAGUCUAUGUCCCAGUCAUUGCCAGGUAAUGCAGGGUCUUCAGAGAAUGCAGAAUGUCUGGGCACCAUGGUAACUGAUGAAGUACAUGGAGCAGCUAAUGUAGACGCCGAGGGAGGUUUUCAUCUUGCAUGUGGUGCAGCUGGCUCUUGGGAAAAGCAGGAUGCUAAAACUGAAGAUGGCCAAUUAGAUAAUAAUCAUUAUAAAUGCACCUCAAAAACAAAGCACAAGGUGGAUAUGCUGCCAAAUGAGCGCCACCAAGAUAAGUCUAAGAGGAAGAAACACCACAAAGAUGCCAAAUUUGAAGGAGAGCGUAUUCCUCAUCUAGUAAAACAAAAGCAAUAUAGAAAGCAAGACAGUGAAGAGAAGGAGGAAGAGCUAAACAAAAAUGAUGAUUAUGUCUUGGAGAAACUUUUCAAAAAAUCAGGGGUACACAGUGUUAUGAAGCAUGAUGCCAUUAUGGAAGCUUCCAGUGCAGAUUAUGUGCUGGUGGAAGCAGAAGCGAACAGAGUGGCCCAGGAUGCCUUAAGAGCCUUAAAAGUCUCUCGACAGCAAUGUUUAGGAGCUGCUUCUGGCGUACCAACCUGGACAGGCACAAGCGGUCUUUCAGGUGCACCAUCAGGAAUAAAGAGUCGGUUUGGUCAGAAAAGAAACUCUAUGCUGCUUUCUCCACAUUUUGGCUGUGCGACACCUGCGAGGAAGUGCAAGGAUACGGGUACAAUAAAGAAAGAAAAUGGCAAGAAGGGUAAUACCGAUGGGCACUUUGAUGGGAAAUCAGAGACUGGAGAAUCAUCAUCCAGUGCACUAGAUUCUUCAUCUUUAUUAGCGAAGAUGAGGGCAAGAAACCACCUUAUUUUACCACAAAGGACGCGGAAUGAGGGAGAUGAGAACCUUCAGCAAGCCCCAGCUCCAGCCCCAGGUUCAACAGAAUACGAUGAAUUGCUAGUGGAUGUACGGAACUUCAUAGCGUUCCAGGCUCAUGUGGACGGUGAGGCUAGUACUCAGGAAAUACUGCAGGAAUUCGAGUCCAAACUGCCAGCAGCACAGUCUUGUGUCUUUCGAGAACUUCUCCGCAAUCUCUGCACCUUCCAUAGGAGCCCAAACGGUGAAGGUGUCUGGAGACUGAAGCCAGAAUUCCGCUGAUCUCUGCUAAGGGAAGGCACCUGUGCAUGCACUCAGCCAACACUCUGCUUUCAAAGACUUACUAUUUGUCUUUCAAAAUGAGAAAUUGCUUUAUGUUCAUGAUUUAAUAAUUGACUUGAGCAGUCAGUGGUGCAGCACUCAUUGCAGGCUCAGGGCUGACUUCACUUUGAUUUACACUAUUUAUAUGAAAGUGCCAUCUACCUCACAGAUGAAAACAAUACAAAAUAUCAGCACCUUUUCUUUAGAAGAAAAUAUAAAUAGAUGAUGAGUACAUGUACUGACUUUUCAUUGCAAUAAGAGCCGUGGAUGUUGCCAUGGGUUGUGAGACUUUUAUUUGAUUUCUGUGAAAUUCCAAGAAUUUUUUCUCAAUUUACUGUAUGGUACUUGAAUGGUUAUAGGGCACACGAUGUACCACCAAAAGAAACGUGAAUAAUGAGAAGAUAGAGGUGGUCAAUGUAAGAGAAAUUCACUUGUACUGACAUGACAAAAUCACUGUAAGAAGAUUUCAUCAGUAGUGGGAAUUUGCUUUUGAUGUUGCUGCUUUCAUUGUUGCCAGAAGCAAGCGUAUGCAGCGAGACUUACAUCACUAAUUAACUUGGAAAUAAUGUUACUGUCAUGGAGUUUUAAUCACAAAAAUUGAGAGCCUGGCACAGGGUAUUGAGAUGACUCUGAAGUUUGAUAAUUAUGGAAAAAUGACUGGAUUAUGGAAAACCCAUUUUCCCCAUAAUCACUGAUUCAGUUACAGUCCCAUACAGCAUUGCCAAUCGCAUGAUACUUUUUACCAUUGAGGUAACAAUAACUGUGAUGUUUGCACAUUGUGGACUGAUAGUUGAGAUCCUGUGAAAUACAUUUGUGGAUCUCAUUGUAAUUGACAGGAAAAACUUUGCAGUUCCCUGUUAGCACUUACAGUCUUUUACCUUGGCAAAGGCUGAGACAUUAGGUGGUCAGAGGGGGAAUGAUUUCCCUGUUUGUCACUAAACAUAAUCACUUUUAGUCAGACAGAGGCAUAAUGGGAGCACAUUCAGAAGUUAAGUCAUAUGUAUUCUGUAAAUAGGGAAAAUAUCAGUCUCCCUGCCAGUCAGACAAGUUCUAAAUUAAUACUCAUUUCCUUCCAAGGAAGAAACAAUCGGCUUAACUUAGCAAACCUGACUGCUAUACUGGGUCUGUCUUCAAGGUGUUGAUGUGUUAGGUAAGGAAAUCUCAGUGCAAAAAAUGAAUAGAUUGUGAGAACAAAAUGCCAUUCUUGCACAUUUUUGCAGCAGCAUUGAAUUACUGUAUGGCUUAAACUAGUAACAAUUCAAUGUGGCUGAUGUCCUUCUCAUCCCUAAGCUAUAGGGAAAAGGGAAAGCUGAGCUACUUUUUUUUUUCUUCUUCAAUGUUAAAGCGUCUUUUUUACUUCAAGUUAAAGUAUAAACAAAAAUUGAAAUAUGAAUGGUGAAGCAAGAAGACAAACUGUGUUACUUUACUGUAAUAAAGAAAGGUGAUCGUUAAGAUACUUCCCAGGAGCUUUUCCUAUUGUUUUGCUCUCUGCUAAAGAAUCAGUAGAGAGAUCUGCAGAAAGUGAUUGGUCACUGUUUCAAUAACUGAUCAUAGCAGUUGGCUUUUCUGACUGGAAUUAGAGAGGGCAGACAGUCCAGGAAUAUGCUUCUCUUCCUUUUGGAGGUGGGAUUGUUGCACCUUUUUCUGACAUCGGCUUUUCUGAUGCAGUUUGUGUUCAUAAGGGCCCUCAGGAGAGAGAUGAAACCAAAACCCUAGCUUUCAAUUACAAAAGUGCUUAGAAAAUGGUAAGUCUGUUGAUAUGACUUAUAAAGGAUCGGUAAAAGAAUAAAAACAAACCCAUUUUGCUGUUCUUCUCCAGAGCUAUAGGGUAUUUUAAUUGGUUUUAAACUUUUUUCUCCCUGAAACAAUCUAGGAAUUCAGCUAUCAGAAAAGCUGCUCCUAUCACCUUAGCUGUCACUGCAUAUGUCCUCUUCUAUUUACUACUUUCAGUCUUAAAGACAUAGUUCCUGUCCCAAGGAAAGUUUGUAGCGUCUCACUGAUGGUCUCUUGAUGUAAAUGGACUUGCAUGUGCUUUUAUAAAUCCUUGGCUUUUAUGGAGUUAUUAAAAUAGCAAAACCAAAAAUCUGUUCUAGAAUUCUUACUGGGACGGAUGGGAUGGUUUGGGGAAACAGUCUUCCUGUGUAGUGUGGCCCCGUGACUAAGUUAUUCAUGUUAUGUUUAAGUACAUUUUCUUUAUUCCAUGAACUUCAAAUCAUGAAUUGUAGCAACUAGGUUUUCCCAGUACUGGUGGAGAUUUAAAAGACUGAGUGGCUAUUAGUUUAACAUUCAGAAAAUAUUUUUAAGCAUUUCAAGUGUGUGUGUGUGAUUAAAGGUCUGUGGAUUGAUUUACAGAUGACAGUUGUUCUGGAAUAUACCUGGAGUACAUUUUGAAGUAGAACCCUGCUCUUACUCUGGGAUAGAUGCUUAUCUGAUUUGUGUGUGUUUAGCUUUACUUCAGUGUAAAGUGAAUUUCUCUCAACAUCUUUGAAAUAUAGGUCUGAAACAACAAUUCCCAGCGAGUGGUGUUGCAAAGACAAACAUAUUCAAAUAGUUUAUAGCUACAUAACAUUUUCAAAAGCUUAGGUUUUAGCCUUCUGAAUCUCCAGGUAUUCAAUGCUAUAGGCAGUAGUUGCUACUUAAUUUGUGCAUGAUUCCAAAAAUCACUCCAUAAGGAAUGCUCGUAUUUUGCAUUUUAUUUUCUUAGCAAGAAGGGGAUAAAGAAUGAUCAAAAUAAAGAUGUUAAUUUAGAAAUCAAGUUGAAGAAAUACCUAAAAUUGUAUUAAGGAAAGCCAUUUAGGCAUGAAACUAAUUAUUAUCUUUCAAAAAAAAAAAAAAGUAUACCACAAGGAACUACUGAAAUGUUAUUUCCUGUAAAGAAACUAAAGGAUACUGAACUCCUAUGGUACUCCAGAAAAUUCAUGCACAGAUCUAUAAGGUGUACGCUACUACCUACGCAGCUCAGUAGAUGAACACGGUUGAACAGAAUCUAGAAAGCUAAAAGCAAAAAUUUGGAUUGCUUUGUAGACAAUUAUGGGGAGUGUAGGCUAGAUAUACUGUUUGCUAGAUUAAACAUGUGACACUUAUGUAAACAGAUGAAGUUAGAAAUUACCAUAAUUCUUCCUUCUGGCUUCAAAGCAUAAAAAUUUGUUAAAGGGUGGGGGGGCUGCAGCUUUGUUUAAUAAGAUGUUAUAUUUUUUUCCCCUCUGCCCCUUCCUCCUUCCACAUUCUUCCAGGUGUGCAUUGUUAUUGUUUUGUUCAUCCUUUUGCUGAACACUUGAGUGGGUUGGCUGUGUAAAACUCAUUUCUGAGGUAAUAACUGACCUAGAGAACCUGUUGUAAAUUCUAGAGAAAAGUGAUUGUGCUGAAGGUUGUAUGUGUGUCUAACUCUUCUAAACAACAAUGGCUCACCACAAAAUAAGUAUUAGCAAGACACUGACUGGAUAGAUGGACGUAAAUGGUGAUAAAGAUGGAAUGUUUCUAAGCCCAUAACCUAAUACUGUGGGUCAGCAUCUUCUCAAAGGGCUACACCAUGUGGAGAAAUUAGUCCACUACAGCUAAUAAAUGUGAUCCUCUCAACUAAACCUGUAAAGAAUGGGACUUUUAUAGUCGUAAGUCUUGGCUUCAGAUGAGAGUCACCUAUACACACUUAUACUCUAAGGUCGCCUUUAUUUGACUGCUUUUAAUUCCAAGAUUAAAUCAGCUAGAACUUAGCUGAUUUUGACUGUCAUAUUAGUAGUGCAAUUCUUCUUACAAGGAGCUACAGCAGAAGAAACAAAAUUUUCAGAAGGACAUGAUGGGAUUGUUGUUACUGUUCAUAAAACCUUUCAGCACUUCACUACUUUGAGUUACUAAGUCAUUAGGGCUAAGAAGUUUCCAGAUCCUCAGCUGUUGUAUAUGUAGCUCCACUGAUACUGAUACAGAUGGACCUAUUAUGCCAUUUUUUGAAGACCUAGCUUUCUGAUGGAAGCCUUCAUCUGAACCAAAAAAUGUGUCUCUGGGAAGCCUUCAUCUGAACCAAAAAAUGUGUCUCUGGGACAUGGAAAUGGGGAGUGCUGUAUGUAAUGAUUGAAGCAAUCACUGAGUGCUGACUUUUCUCUAGUUUCUGUAUGUUUAUUGACAUUGCUACAUGGAAACGUUUUUCACGUUCUUGGUAAUUACAACGUAGUUAAAGUUAUGUAUGAUGAGUUCUUGGUUAUACUGAUGUUAGUCUGCAGUUGAAUUUAGGGCUUUUCUCUCAUCUACCAGCUAACUCAGUUCAGUAGUGAAUGAAUAGUACCAGGAUCAGUAAAGCUCCUUCACUAGUAUGUAAGGAAAAUACUUUCACAGAAGCAGCGUGUUUGGCAUAUGCUAAGACUACACAGAUGCACAAAAUCUGUUCAGUAAACAAUGACACUACCAUGUAACUGCAAGAAAAUGAGGGGAGCCCUCAUGACAGCAUUCAUGGGGAAGGACGGAAUUUUCCAGUAGACCCUAAAAUGUUGCUC